AUGCCAUCAACUCCCUCGGCCUCUCGCAGACCUUAUCGAUCCCACAAGACUCCAGCCUGUGAUCGCUGCCGCCGGUUCAAGAGACGAUGCACCGGGGGUGGACCUGGCGAUCCUUGCGUGCUGUGUAAAUUGCAAAACGUUCCCUGUCAGCCAUCGGAUAUUGCAAAAGCGCAUACGCCAUCGCGUCGGUCUACAAGGGCAGAUUAUACUCUUCCACGGCGGAAUCAGAUCCAGGAACACUCCGACUCCCGCAAUCCAGCUCACUCAUCCCCCGUCCCGCCGGGUGUGAGAAACGGCCUGGGCGAUUCGGAAUCGAAUGAUCACAAUGCCAUUCAUCUGGGCGAUGCUAGGGCAGAGUCAUCUAUCGUGGUGAGCCCUAUUCUCACCGAAGAUAUUCAAGCUCUGGAACGAUACUUCUCUUCCGGGGCUCCGACGGGAGAUCCCGCGCCUGCGGCAGAUGGCUUGGAAAAGUCCUUGGUGUACAUGAGGGUCCCUCGGAGACGUGAAGGACUUGCCAUGGCAAAAAAUCCGGGGAAGUUCCAAAAAGAGGUUCUCUGGCAAAUACUUAGACCUUUUGCUAAGGAGCUUGUCAAGUUGUACUUUGAAAAGUUCCACCCCGCAUUCCCGAUACUAGAUCAAAAGACAUUCCUUGAGAUAUAUGAACGCAGCGACAAGAUCUCUCCGCCUCUUCUCUGUGAGUUCUUUGCUCUAUCUCUAACGCUUUGGGACCACUCGGAUCUCCUGAGGCGGUAUCCGAAGCCAGAUCCACAUUUUGUUUGGAAUUUAGCCGUGGAAUCUUUGCAACAAGACUUUCUAGCACCGGGUCUUUCCACCAUAUACUCUGUGCUUUUUGAUAUGACGGGGCGACCAAUCUUCUCAAUUCUAGGGAAUACUAUAAAUAAUGGACGAUCCGUGGCACUUGCUCGAAGCCUUGGGCUUAAUCGUGAUCCCACGAACUGGAAGCGUCCAGACAGUGAGAAGGUUCUUCGAGUUCGGCUUUGGUGGGCUGUCUUGAUUCACGACUAUUGGUCAAGCUUCGCCCAUGGGAUUUCUCCAAAUAUCACCAAUCGGCAAUAUGAUGUCCCGGUUCCUACUUUGAGAGACCUCACACAUGACGGACAAUCAGAAGACGGGCAGAAUGCAUCAGAGUGCUUUAUUCACCUCUGCACACUUUCUGUCAUUUUAGGAGAAGUUCUACCACUGGUAUAUGACCUCGAACAAAGAGAUAUCUGGAGGGACAUUCGCCGCCGUGAAACAGAAUUAGACAUUUGGGAACAAAAUGUCUCUCUACCUAUCAAUGGCCCGAACGAAAAAUAUCCCUACCCCAUCUCCGGACUGAGUAGCCUUUGUUUGAGCUACCUAUCUGUGCGAUUACUCCUGUGCCGUAUCGCAUUCCGAGCUGCAAAUAAGACUAGCUCUGAUGACAUGGACCGGGCCACUAAUCUACGAUACCAUCUUGGAAGGCUUCGCCGCUCAGCUCAAGAUAUCGUGGAAUAUGUCUGCUCUUUAGAAAGGGUACAUUUACAGGAGUUCUGGCUCGUUUACUCAGCACAUCAUCUAACAUUCACAUUUAUCAUCCUGCUACGAUGUACCAUCGAGGCUUCGGAUGCAACUGUCACCGAGUCGUGCAAGACAAGCUUGGUUCAAUUCUGGGCCAAGCUUCAAGACGCUGCAGAAAAUGAAAGUUGGGAUCUUGCUGUGAUGUGUAUCUCCCGUUGUGGUGAAUCCAUGUCCAAAGUGAUGAGCUAUCUGAAUGCCCAGGGAAAUAAGCAAGCGGCGUCAAACGAUGGGGUCACGCAAGGGGCUGGCUCUGUUUCCGAGGGAGUAGAUCGACAAGGUGCCAGUGACUCUGCCAUAUCAGGCCUCGGAGAGUUGAUUCCAGAUGCCUUGCCAUUUUCCAAUCUGGAUUUGUUGUUCGAGAACUCGGCAGAUACAUUUUGGAGCGGGUUGGAUUUCGCUCCGCUCUAUGACGAGGUCGAUACGGGGCAGGUGUACCCAUAG